CACCGCACUGCACUUUAGGGAGCUGCGAAAGGCGAAGAAAAGCGUGCGCUUCUCUCUUGUGGAUGCAACCGGCUGCUCUUAUAAGGUCUCUGAAAGAAUGUGAAGCUGGAGCUGUAGAGACAAGAAAGGUGUUCUUGCCAGAGGAACCUGUACUACAGGAAAUCUUCAAGUUCACUGCUCCAAAGUGGACCUGCCUGCAAUGGUCAACCCUGCCCCAGGUGAAGGGAUUUUCCAUGUUCUGGCCCAGACUUCCGUUAUCACACAGCCUGCACUGUCUUUUGACUGUUGAUUGUGUGAUAAUAUCAACACUUACUUUUUCCACACCUCUUCUCACUGCAAAAAUGGUGAGGGGGUCAAAGCCCCUGACUCUUUACAGUCACUGCUUUCUCUCUGUGCUGAUGCUAAAGAGCUGCUGGCUGCAAGGUUCCACCUCCCAGAAGCCUGCUGUGUUAGCAGACUCCCAGCAGGGCUCACAGGAGUAUACCCAUUCAAUCCGCCUGGAUGGCGACAUCAUUCUGGGUGGGUUGUUCCCCGUGCAUGCCCGUGGUGAGAGGGGGUUGCCAUGUGGUGAACUGAAGAAGGAGAAAGGCAUCCAUCGACUGGAGGCCAUGCUAUUUGCCAUCGACCUCAUCAACAAAGACCCAGACCUGCUGCCCAAUGUGACACUUGGGGCACGAAUCUUGGACACAUGUUCACGUGACACCUAUGCCCUGGAGCAGUCCCUUACUUUUGUCCAGGCACUAAUUGAGAGGGAUGGCUCUGAUGUUCGCUGCGCUAAUGGUGAUCCUCCCAUCUUUGCGAAGCCAGAUAAAGUUGUGGGAGUCAUCGGCGCAUCGGCCAGCUCUGUAUCGAUCAUGGUGGCGAACAUCCUGCGACUGUUCAAGAUUCCUCAGAUCAGCUAUGCCUCGACAGCUCCAGAGCUCAGUGACAACACACGCUAUGACUUCUUCUCCCGUGUGGUUCCUCCCGACUCCUAUCAGGCUCAGGCCAUGCUAGACAUUGUGACAGCGAUGGGCUGGAACUACGUGUCCACCCUUGCCUCAGAGGGAAACUACGGCGAGAGCGGCGUUGAUGCCUUUGUCCAGAUCUCCAGAGAGUUGGGUGGGGUGUGCAUUGCUCAAUCUCUGAAAAUUCCUCGUGAGCCGAGACCUGGAGAGUUUGAUAAGAUAAUCCUCCGUUUAGUGGAGACUCCCAAUGCCCGCGCUGUCAUCAUGUUCGCCAAUGAAGACGACAUUCGGAGAAUUCUGGAUGCAGCAAAACGCAACAAUCUGACAGGUCACUUCCUGUGGGUGGGCUCCGACAGCUGGGGGUCCAAGAUCUCUCCGGUAGUCCAGCAGGAGCGGGUAGCUGAAGGCGCCAUCACCAUCCUUCCUAAGAGGGCAUCUGUGGAUGCGUUUGACCGUUACUUCAAGAGUCGCUCUUUGUCCAAUAACCGCAGGAACAUAUGGUUUGCUGAGUUCUGGGAGGAAAACUUUGGCUGUAAGCUGGGCAUGCAUGGCAAGAGACCUGGCAGCCCCAAGAAAUGUACAGGAUUGGAGAAAGUUGGCCGUGACUCCAUCUAUGAACAAGAGGGGAAGGUGCAGUUUGUGAUGGACGCCGUCUACGCAAUGGCCCAUGCUCUGCACCACAUGCACCGUGAGCUCUGCCCAGGGUACCUUGGCCUGUGCCCUCAUAUGACCAACAUUGAUGGCAAAGAGCUGCUGACCCAUAUCCAUGCCAUCAACUUCAAUGGAAGUGCAGGGACUCCGGUCAUCUUUAAUGAGAAUGGGGAUGCUCCCGGACGCUAUGACAUCUUCCAAUAUCAGAUCAACAACAGGUCGGUGGCAGAGUACAAGGUCAUCGGGCACUGGACCAAUCAGUUGCAUCUAAAUAUGGAGGCCUUACAGUGGGCAACUGGGGACUUGUCCCUUCCGGCUUCAGUAUGCAGCCUGCCCUGCCGCACUGGUGAGAGGAAGAAAGUAGUAAAGGGUGUGCCGUGUUGCUGGCAUUGUGAGCGCUGCGAGGGAUACCACUUCCAGGCCAGUGAGUUCACCUGCGAGCUCUGUUCCUACGAAAAGAGACCCAACCAAAACCGUACUGGCUGCCAACCAAUCCCCAUCAUCAAGCUAGAGUGGCACUCACCCUGGGCAGUGGUGCCUGUCUUCAUCUCUGUCCUAGGCAUUAUCGCUACAACCUUCAUCAUCGUCACCUUUAUUCGCUACAAUGACACACCCAUCGUGCGUGCCUCAGGUCGGGAAGUGAGCUAUGUCCUGCUGACAGGUAUUUUCCUGUGUUAUAUCAUCACCUUCCCCAUGAUUGCUGCUCCUGAUAUUGUCGUCUGCUCCUUCCGCCGCAUUUUCCUGGGCCUUGGAAUGUGCUUCAGUUAUGCCGCGCUGCUCACCAAGACUAACCGUAUCCACCGCAUCUUCGAACAGGGAAAGAAGGCAGUGACAGCACCACGCUUCAUCUCGCCAGCCUCGCAGCUAGUUAUUACUUUCUCACUCAUCUCAGUUCAGCUUCUGGGUGUCCUCCUGUGGUUUGCUGCUGACCCACCACAUACCUUUGUGGACUACGGGGAGCAGCGCACACAGGAUCCUGAGAAUGCACGGGGUGUCCUGAAGUGUGACAUUUCUGACCUAUCACUUAUCUGCUCCUUGGGAUAUAGCAUUCUCCUGAUGGUCACAUGCACUGUUUAUGCUAUCAAGACCCGAAGUGUGCCAGAGACCUUCAAUGAAGCCAAACCCAUUGGAUUUACAAUGUACACCACCUGUAUUAUCUGGCUUGCCUUCAUCCCUAUCUUCUUUGGCACAGCACAGUCAGCAGAGCGGAUGUACAUCCAGACGGCCACACUGACAGUGUCUCUGAGCCUCAGUGCUUCUGUCUCUCUGGGCAUGCUCUAUAUGCCAAAGGUGUACAUCAUCAUCUUCCACCCCGAGCGGAACGUCCCCAAACGUAAACGCAGCUUCAAGGCCAUUGUCACCGCUGCCACUAUGACCAGCAAGCUGUCACACCUGGCAGCUGAGCGGCCCAAUGGCGAAGUGAAGACUGAGCUUUGCGAGGGUAUGGAAGCUAGUGUGCCACCUCCAAAAACGACCUAUGUGAGCUACACCAACCAUGCCAUGUGAAGAUAUAACAACUUUGGCACACAGACCUUUUGGGACAUUUAAUAUGCACAUUUUUUGUCAGAUUUUGAGGAAAGGACACCACCACAGGCUAUGACAGAAACGAGGUACUCUGAACAAUUUCAAGAUCAGAGGAAAUCUGUGGAGGUUUUUUGUUUGUUUGGUUUUUUCUGUUUACAGACAGCAGGGAACAGACCUCAGCGGAGCAAAAAACCUAUGAUAAUCAGAAGUAAAAUCCAUCCGAAAACCAUUAAGGAAACGAGAAGAUGGUAACUGGAGACUCAAGCAAAAUUUUUGUUUAAAUACAUUUUUAAAAAAUCUUCUGAAAAACAUUGUGGGGACCAACUGUGUUUGUUGCUAAUUGUAUGUUGACAACAAAAACAACUUAAUAGUGGUUGUGAAAAUUCUGAUUUUGUCUGAUGUUGUGUGUCCAUUGACGUGCAUUUUGAGAUGAUGCUGUCACUGUUUUUGACUAACUGGUUGGCAGGUUUUGGUUGUGAUAUGUUUAAAUGCCAUGGUUUAACUAACGCAUGCACUUUUUAUACAAAGCCUCUAUUUAUAAUAAAAGAAUGUUUCUCAAGUCGUAGCCAUUGUUUGUUCUAUUUGAAGGGGGAAGUCUGAAAAAGACAUUGUUUGAAAAAGAC